CGAAGUUGGAACCUCCGCCUUUAUAUAACAUUUUGGUGCCCAAACAAGAAGAGAUCACUACUUCUACUUCUAUCCAACACCAAAUAAAACAUAAACAUGGGAAAUUGCUGGGGAUCUGAACAGCAACUCACAAAUCCUUCAGACGUACGAACAGUUGAAAGUGUACCGGCACCGGUUGGGCAUGGUCUAAUAGCAAGCUGCAAUGGUGGAGGAGCCAAAGUAGGGCCGCCGGAAAUGGGUCGUCAAAUUAUAAAGCCGAGCCCAAAAGAAUAUAAAUAUGCAGAUUUAAAAAGUGCGACAAAAAAUUUUAAGUGUGAUUAUAUGAUUGGGGAAGGAGGGUUUGGAAAGGUGUACAAAGGAUGGAUUGAUGAAAAAACAUUAGCACCAUCUACGCCUGAUGUUGGUAUUCCUGUUGCUGUUAAGAAAUGUAGUGCUAACAGUACUCAUGCUCUCAAACAAUGGAAAACAGAGAUUGAUUUUUUGGGGAAAUGUUGUCAUCCAAACUUGGUUAAAUUAAUUGGUUAUUGCUGGGAAGAGAAGGAGCUUCUACUUGUAUAUGAGUAUAUGAAUUAUGGUAGUCUAGAAAAACAUCUCUUCCAAAAGAAAGUUAAACCCCCAUCUUGGAAUACCCGGUUAACUAUAGCAAUAGACGCUGCUAGAGGCCUCCAUUUCUUGCAUACUUCUGAAAAUACCGUCAUUUUUCGAGAUUUUAAGACUGCCAAUAUUUUAUUAGAUCAGAACUAUGCUGCCAAGCUAUCGGAUUUUGGGCUUGCUAGACUAGGCCCAUCAAUGGAUAAAUCUCAUGUGACUACACAAGCUAUGGGCACAUAUGGAUAUGCCGCCCCUGAAUAUAUUAAUACAGGCCAUUUGUACGUAAGGAGUGAUGUGUAUGGUUUUGGCGUUGUAUUACUAGAGAUGUUAACGGGCUUAAAGGCUUAUGACGUAAAAAGGCCCAGUGGACAGACAUGCUUGGUUGAUUGGUACAAAACCAUGCUAAAUGAAAAGCCCAAAGUUAAAAAGAUAAUUGAUCCAAGAAUGGAUGUGUAUCCUCCUGAAGGUGUUAACAAGUUGGCCCAACUCAUAUUAAGAUGUCUACAAAAUGACCCCAAAAACAGACCUUCAAUGUCAGAGGUUCUUAAAAUACUGGAAAGGAUAAGUACCAUUAAGAUGAACCCAAAAAGCCCAAGCCCCAGCUCUUCAAAGCCCGAUAAGCCCAAUGCCUAUCAUUCAUCUUUGCCCCAUUACAAACAUGGUGGGAGAUCAAGCUCAACACGACAGACAUAUCCGCUGCUACAACCAUCAACUUAGACGAGUUUUCGACUAAUGAUGUCUGCAUUAUAAAUUUUAAUUCACAUGCUCCAUCUAAUGUUUUGGAGCGCGAAAAUAAAUUUUUAAAAGUAAUCAAUUUAAUGUUAAUGUUUUAUGAUAUAACAUGUAUUACAAUUUACGAUAUAGUUGUUACUAAAAUAUUUUUAUUGUUUUUAAAUUUAAUCUUUGGAUGUUAUCCUCAUGCACACUAAUUUUAUUAUGCAUCCCUUCUUAUUUU